UCCAGGUAGUGUAAGAAUGAACGCUCAGUUCCGUAGAAACUUUCAAUACUCGCGUGUCUUGCAAUCCCCAAAUUUUCAACUUUUUUUCUAUUAGUGGGAAAUUUUUCGUUACAAGUGGCUUUCACAACAGAAGGAGCGAUGGCCUUGCGUGAGUUGUCAUUCGGCUUCAGUCGCGGACCCAAGCCUCUACUCCUGCCACCUUUGAUGCAAGCAAGCACGCAGAACGGACUUCAUAUAAGGUUUGCGCCUCAUGGCUCUGAUGCCAAGGACAUUAAAUUCAAAUUUCCUAGAGGUCUGACCAAAAAGAUGACACUUUUAAUGCUCUUUGGCCGCGAACCGCAGGCCGAUCGACCGAUGAAAGCUGAGCUGACGACUACCAACCGCGUAGGCCUCUCGAUUGGGGUGGAAGUGUUCCACAAUGGACAAGCCGCUGUCCGCUACCGUGGACUCAACGGAGUAGCGCAGAGGACAAAGCGAGUAGACGUCGACAAGCAUGGUGGUUUCUAUGUCAUUGUCAUUGACGUUGACGACCACACGGAGAUCCAGGUGAAGGUGAAUGGUGUGGAUCUCUUGCAAAACAGAAUGCAGUACGACACGAAAGGGCUGGAUAUACUGUCCACAUUUCUCAUAAAGUGGAAGAUGUACGAGCUGCACCUUAUAACAGAGAGUGCACCUGUUUACCCGGACAAAUUUACCCACUCUCAUUACCCGAGGCUUGCGCUGGGUGCCUUCUUGGAGCUCAGCGGAACUGUUGCUGUCUUUGGCAAUCAAGAUAAAUUGCAAUUUCUCCACAAUGGGCGACCCUUCGGAGCGAUACCAGUGAACUCAAGCUGGCUAGGAAAGGUUGUUGUCUUUAGCAUUAGAUUUCAUGUGAGCCACAUGACUGUCGAUAGUAGCCUUGCCGGACACACCGUGAUAACGAACAUGCCUCAGCUGCAGCCGACACUAACGGAAACUGGUGAUGAAUUUGCUGUUAGCCCGAAAUUUGUACCGUACAAUGCUGUCCUGGUACCAGGCUUUUGGGGCGACUUCCCGACGUUCACGGUAUGAUAAAAGCGGCAGCGAGAGCAAACAAUUCGCUUUUUUUUCACUUAACGCCAGUCGCAGGUGGUGACAUGAUAGAAGGCGUUUGCAUGAGGCCGCAUUUUCGAAUAAAUAAUUUGUGAAAGGA